AUGGCUGCCCAAGAAAAUCUCAUCACUGCGGCUGAGUUUUCUCAAAUACAGUUUGACUUUCUGAUUAUUGGCGGCGGAACAGCAGGGCUUGCAGUAGCGGCGCGACUAUCUGAAUACUCGCAAUUCAACGUGGGAGUCUUGGAGGCUGGACCCCUGGUGAAUCGGCUAGAUACAGUUGAUAUCCCUGGCCUUUAUGGCCAAACCAUUGGGACCGAGCACGACUGGGGGUUCAAGACUGUGCCGCAACCAGGCCUUCACGGGCGGGUUCUGCCAUGGCCACGAGGCAAACUUGUUGGAGGUACCAGUGCCCUGAACUUUAUGAUUUGGAAUCGUGGCAGUAAGGAAGAUUACAAUGCCUGGGAGCAACUGGGCAAUCCCGGUUGGGGUUGGGAUGACCUUCUGCCUUUUUUUAAGAAGUCUGAGACGAUUCACAGACCUACACUCAGGCAUCAAACGGAUUAUGGUGCUACGUUUGACCCCGAAGUCAGUGGAACGACCGGUCCAAUUAACGUGUCGUAUCCCAAUUACUACCCAACUACUCACCAGCUCUGGCGUCAAGCUUUGAACUCACUGGGUAUUGAAUCCAAUGAAGCUCACCUAUCUGGAUCCAACACUGGGGUUUGGACUUGCGUCAAUUCAAUCACACCCGAAGAGCAAACUCGCUCUUACGCAACCAACUCCUAUUACCUUCCGAAUGUACAUCGAAAGAAUCUCUUUUUACUAACCGGAGCUUUUGUUGAUGAGAUAACACUUGAAGCAACUGAUGAUGGGUCACACAAAGCCACUGGCGUUACUUUUACAUGCAACGGUCAGCAACACCACGUUUCGGCCAAGUAUGAAGUAAUUCUCUCAGCCGGAACCGUACAGUCACCCCAAAUUCUUGAGUCAUCUGGUAUUGGAAACCCUCAAAUUUUAGCCAGUGCUGGCAAGGCAACCAAAGUAGACAACCCGAACGUUGGGGAGAAUCUGCAGGAACAUAUUAUGGCGGCGAUCGUCUUCGAAACCAAGACUGAGGUUCAGAACGAUCAGAAAAGUGGCAAUAAAGGGCCAGACGCAGCCUUGGAAGAAUAUCUACGACACAGAGCUGGUCCCUUGACGGCAGUCCCUAGUUGCUUCUGCUACCUGCCAUUUGUUAAAGCUUUACCUGAGGGCAAAUUUCAAGACCUCUCUAGGCUAGUAUCUGGUCUUCCUAGUUCUAAUCUACAAAGCCACAGUGUCACAUCUGAACGUUUUGACCCAAAACAACGAUUGGGUCAGAUCGAGUACAUUCUUGAUUUUGGAAACUGGAACCAAGCUUUUAGUCCAAGCCAAGAUGAUGCCAAGAAUUAUGCCACGGUAUUCCAAGUUCUCCAGUACCCAUUCUCUCAAGGCAGUAUCCAUAUCAACUCCUCUACGGGCAAUGUUUCAGCCAACGAGCCAACUAUUGAUCCAAAAUAUUACAGUGGCACCCACGGAAAAAUUGAUUUGGAGGCAAUGAUUCACAGUAUCCACUUCGCAGAUGAAAUAGCUCGAUCCAAGCCGCUUUCUAAUCUACUUGGGCCUCGAGUGUUUCCACCCAAAUCAAUAACAACAGACGAUGAAUAUCGUGACUGGGUGGGAAAGACAACGAUCACGGAUUGGCAUCCUGUUGGAACAUGUUCAAUGGGAGGUUCCCGUGGUAUUGAGGGAGGCGUCGUUGACCAUCGCCUUCGCGUAUACGGCGUCCAAGGGUUGAGGGUUAUUGACGCAAGUAUCAUGCCCCUUCAUAUCAGUGCUCAUAUUCAGGCUACCGUAUAUGCGAUCGCCGAGAAGGGGGCCCACAUGAUACUACAGGAUCAUAAUGUGCUAGCUUAA